UGCGCGCGCACUUCUCGCCAUCUUUGAAUUUCGGAGGGGGAGGAGAAGCGGUGCGACCGAGCGGCUGCUGGUCCAGCAUUUUCCGCGGAGUUAGUGGACUUCACGCCCCGUCAAACGGAGAACCAUGGCCAACCGAAACAUGCCUCAAGGACGCAUGCUCGCCAUGAACUCUCCCCAGUCGGCGAGACGCGGGACGGACUCCCCGGUGGCGGAGCAGAGGCCGGCAAGCAAACACAGUCCAGCGCCUCCGCCUCAGCAGCACUCGCCCGCGGCGGAGCCGGCAGAAGAAGCGGCCGCGGAGGACGGCGACGAAAGCCAUUCAGAAAUGACAUUUGACAUCACGAGCUUCAGGAAGCCGGGGGAGAAAAGUUUCACCCAGCGCUCUCGUCUGUUUGUGGGCAGCCUGCCGCAGGAUAUUUCGGAGGAGGAGUUCAAAAACAUGUUUGCAAAAUACGGGAACAUUGGCGAGGUGUUCAUCAACAGAGAGCGAGGCUUUGGGUUCAUUCGUCUGGAAACCCGCACGUUAGCAGAGAUCGCCAAAGCUGAGUUGGACGGCACAGUUUUAAGUAAUCGACAGGUCAAGAUCCGCUUCGCUACGCACGGCGCUGCGCUCACCGUUCGCAAUCUGCUGCCGACAGUGACCAAUGAACUGCUGGAGCAGGCCUUUUCUCAGUUCGGUCCAGUCGAGCGGGCCAUCGUCGUGACGGACGACCGCGGCCGUCCCACCGGGAAAGGGAUUGUGGAAUUUGGGAACAAGGUGGCGGCUCGGAAGGCUCUGGAGCGCUGCAGCGAGGGAGCUUUGCUGCUGACCACAACUCCGUGUCCCGUCAUCGUCGAGCCUCUGGAGCACCUGGACGACGAAGAUGGGCUGCCAGAAAAACUACUGCAGAAAACUCCAAAGUACCACAAGGAGCGAGGGCAGCCGCCGCGCUUCGCCCAGCCAGGCACCUUCGAGUUCGAGUACUCGUCCCGCUGGAAAGCUCUGGACGAGAUGGAGAAGCAGCAACGGGAGCAGGUGGACAGAAACAUUAAAGAGGCCAAAGAGAAGCUGGAGGCGGAGCUGGAAUCAGCCAGACAUGAACACCAGCUCAUGUUGAUGCGACAGGAUCUAAUGAGGCGUCAGGAGGAGCUGAGGAGGCUGGAGGAGCUCCGGAAUCAGGAGUUACAGAGAAGGAAGCAGAUCGAGAUGAGGCACGAGGAGGAGAGGAGGAGGAGAGAGGAGGAGAUGAUGAGGCACAGGGAGCAGGAGGGAUUCAAGCCAAACUACAUCGAAAACAGGGAACAGGAAAUGAGAGUGGGGGAGCUGGGCCCUCGUGGAGCCGUAAAUGUAGGAGAUGGCUAUAACCAGGCCUCCUCGGGCUCCGCCUCUAACCAGACUCAGAUGAUGGGCGUGAGUGGAAGGGGAGCCGCCAUUGGUGCAGAGGGGGCGUCGAACAUGGGCGCACCGAUGAUGUCGGAGAAUGGAGCCAUGCGGAACGAGCGCUACGCUCAGGGGGGAGUGGCUGCAGGCCGACCGGAGGUGGAGUCUCCGAAGCAGCACCAGCAGCCUCUGGGCUCUCAGGUCGGACCGCCGGCUGGGUUUGGGAGGGGCGGUCCCGCCACAGGCCUCUUUGACGGCCCCAACAGCAAACGGCGCAGAUACUGACCAUUCCGCCAUCUGGACUCUGUUACACUCCAGCACAAAAACCUCCGUUUGUUCUACAUCAAAUCCCACUUUUAGAUUUCAGAGGAUCAUGUCUCCAGUGUUUUAAAAAAUUCCCGUUCGACAAACGGUUGUUUUAUUUUGCUAAAGAAGAGACGGACUUCUUUGACAGACUCUUAUUUUGAAAAAACAUCAUGUUACAGUUGACAUAUCCAGGAAACACUACUUGACCUUUGAAGAAACGCCGUUCACACAUUUAAGGAGAAAUCCUGCAGCUUCCUGCUGUUUUCUGAAGCCAACAGCUCAACAUAAACCUGAAACCUUCGUCCUCAUUAGUGCAGCUGACGCUUCAGGUACGCAGUUUUAAACCGUAAAUUAAUGUUUUUGCAGUAUUUGUUUGCCAUCAUUAACCUUUAAAACCUAAAAACUAUUUUUUUUUUUAUCCUUUGACUGUGAACCUUCCAUCUGUGUGUUUCUCUGUAGCUUCCUGUAUUUAACGGUUAAGAAUUUAAAGAAAAAAAUAGAAAGUUUGUUUACAGAAAAAUGUUUAAAGUAUGAAUUUGACUUAGUUUCAGCUGGUUAUUGAUGGUCUGGUUGGUUUACGACGUGAACUGAUGUUGGUUUCACAUGAACUGAACAGAGUCAUGAAUGCAGAGAAAAGCUGCUGUUUGUUUUUACAUUCUGAAGUUUAAAUGUUUUAAAGAAAAUCACUCCAAAGCCAUUUUUGUAAGAAAGAUUUGUGUUGUUUUAAUAAAAGAUGAUGGUGGUGUGAAUUGUGCAUGCUGGAAACCA